UUUAUUGCAACAUAAAGAGCAAACUUUGGAAGAAAGAGAAGGAUCCUGUGCACCAAUUCAGACUCAGUCCUCCCACUCAUCAUCAUCAUCAUCCUCUCCUGCAUCAUCAUCAUCUUCAUCUAAAAAGACAAAAGGCAAAAUACUGCAGAACACCUCCAGAGGUCUUGUGGAGUCCAGACCUUAAAGAGUCAGAGCUGCUUUGCCAGCAGGAAGUGGGUCCUACACAAUACUAGUCUUCAGAUCCUUUCGGACAAUUGAAGAAAAGUGAAUAGCAAAGGAAAAAGGACACCAUAUGCAGCCUGUUGCUUUAAAAUAUAUGGAAUUAGAAACAUCUGCAAAUGAGAAGAUUAAUAUCCGGAUUAUAGAAAAUUGCUGCCAGCCUGGCACUGCACCCAGAUACUGCCUGCUGUAUGCUGCCAUCCCAGCACCCCUUGGAGGAGGAGACUCGAUGCCCAAGUGACUUAGAAGGGAUAAGUGGGCAUUUCCUGCCCAUCCUAGAAUGAAGUACAGACCUGUGGACACCCUGUGCUGUCAGUGCAGCUGCAGGGGAUCGGGCAGAUGAUUCACCCGCUGUUUUGUGGCAGGAAAAUAAACAGGAGCGCACAGCCUGAUCCAUGUGGGUGAACGCCAUGAAUAUUCUAUGCUGUUUCUUAUACUAAGACGCCGCGCUGGAAUGACACACUACACUGCAGCUUUAGGAAGCAACAGUAGAAUAUUUAAUACAAAAAAUACCAAGAAUUGGUCAGGCGAUCCAAAAGAACUAUUAUUAAAAUGCAGGUGCACGCUGCCAUGGCUGAAAUACAAGGCAAAGACAGAAAUGACAGCAGCAUUGUACAGCAGAUGUCACAUAUAAUCACAAAAUACAAUUACUAAAAAGAGGAAAGAAGCGACACAAAGACUGUGAAAAUAUUUGGUUACCUGACGUGACACAUCCUACAACAUGAAAGGCAGCAUGGAAAUACCUAAAAAUAUCCCAUCUUUGUACUUUAAUCACUUUGUCUAUCGGCAGGAAACAGAAGUGAAAACACAAGGUGACCUGGCAAACAUGGAGACCUGAGCUUCCAGACCUGUCAUGACGGAGCGCCAUAACUUAUGAGCCGAGCCUUCGGACCCACAACGGGUGAAGAAAAACUCAACACCCCGGUCUGGAUUGGAAUUUCUUUUCUUGGAGAUCACCAGAGAAAGUAAAGAGCAACCAUGAGUUCCGACGCAGAAAUGUCGGUUUUUGGGCCGGCCGCCCCCUAUCUGCGGAAACCUGAGAAAGAAAGAUUAGAAGCUCAGAAUAAGCCAUUCGAUGCUAAGAAUUCAUGCUUUGUUAAUGACGACAAAGAACUGUACGUGAAAGGAUUGGUUGUUGCACGUGAAGGUGGCAAAGUCACAGUGGACAGAGAAGAUGGAAAAUCUGUAACAGUUCGGGAAGACCAAAUCAACCCUCAGAAUCCUCCUAAGUUUGAUAAAAUUGAGGAUAUGGCUAUGCUGACCCAUCUGAAUGAGGCUUCUGUGCUGUAUAACCUCAAAGAGCGUUACGCAGCCUGGAUGAUCUAUACCUACUCCGGCCUUUUCUGCGUCACUGUAAAUCCCUACAAGUGGCUGCCGGUGUAUAACCCUGAAGUCGUUGCCGGCUACAGAGGAAAGAAGCGAAUGGAAGCCCCACCACACAUCUUCUCCAUCUCUGAUAACGCCUAUCAGUUCAUGUUAACAGACCGUGAAAACCAGUCUAUCCUGAUUACUGGAGAAUCUGGUGCUGGAAAGACUGUGAACACCAAGCGUGUCAUCCAAUACUUUGCAACAAUUGCAGCUAUUGGGGAUACAAAAAAGAAGGAGCCGAGCAACAAGCUGCAGGGAACACUGGAAGAUCAAAUCAUCCAGACUAACCCUCUGCUGGAAGCCUUUGGUAAUGCCAAAACUGUGAGAAAUGACAACUCCUCUCGUUUUGGUAAAUUCAUCAGAAUUCAUUUCGGAACUACAGGAAAACUGUCUUCUGCUGAUAUUGAGGCCUACCUACUGGAAAAGUCCAGAGUUACAUUCCAGCUUUCAGCUGAAAGGAGCUACCACAUCUUCUACCAGAUCCUGACAAACAAGAAGCCCGAAGUUGUUGAAAUGCUCCUCCUUACUACAAACCCAUACGACUACCAUUACAUCAGCCAAGGUGAAAUCGCUGUGAAGAGUAUUGAUGAUGUGGAGGAGUGGAUGGCCACAGACAAUGCCAUCGACAUCCUAGGCUUCUCACCAGAUGAAAAGAUGGGCAUCUACAAGAUGACUGGAGCAGUCAUGCACAAUGGCAACAUGAAAUUCAAGCAGAAGCAAAGAGAGGAGCAGGCUGAGCCCGAUGGCACUGAAGUUGCUGAUAAAAUCGGCUACUUGAUGGGUCUGAACCCUGCAGAUCUUCUGAAGGCUUUGUGCUACCCAAGAGUCAAAGUCGGCAAUGAAUAUGUCACCAAAGGACAAACACUUCAACAGGUCUACAAUUCCAUUGGUGCCCUCAGCAAGUCAGUUUAUGAGAAACUGUUCUUCUGGAUGGUCUCACGUAUCAACCAACAGCUGGACACAAAACAACCAAGACAAUACUUCAUCGGUGUCCUGGAUAUUGCUGGAUUUGAGAUCUUUGAUUACAACAGUCUUGAGCAGCUCUGCAUUAACUUCACCAAUGAGAAGCUGCAGCAGUUCUUCAAUCAUCACAUGUUUGUCCUGGAACAAGAAGAGUACAAGAAGGAAGGAAUCGAUUGGGAAUUCAUUGACUUUGGUAUGGAUCUGGCUGCUUGCAUUGAGCUUAUUGAGAAGCCCAUGGGAAUCUUCUCAAUUCUGGAGGAAGAGUGUAUGUUCCCUAAGGCUACUGACACUUCCUUCAAGAACAAGCUCUAUGACCAGCAUCUUGGCAAGUGCAAGAACUUUGAGAAACCCAAACCUGGUAAAGGAAAGGCAGAAGCUCACUUCUCCUUGGUGCAUUAUGCUGGGACUGUGGAUUAUAACAUCAGUGGCUGGCUGGACAAGAACAAGGACCCACUGAAUGAAACCGUUGUUGGCCUCUACCAGAAAUCUCCCCUUAAACUUCUGUCCUUCCUCUACUCCAGCUAUUCCGCAGUUGAUGAUGGUGGAGCAAAAGGAGGAAAGAAAAAGAAGGGAUCUUCUUUCCAGACUGUCUCUGCACUGUUCAGAGAAAAUCUGAACAAGCUUAUGACUAACCUAAGGAGCACUCACCCUCACUUUGUGCGUUGUCUUAUUCCCAAUGAGACCAAAACUCCAGGUACCAUGGAGAAUCAUCUGAUCAUUCAUCAGUUGAGAUGUAACGGGGUGCUGGAGGGUAUUAGAAUCUGCAGGAAGGGAUUCCCCAGCAGGAUCCUCUAUGGUGACUUCAAACAGCGUUACAAGAUACUGAACGCCAGUGCUAUUCCAGGCGGGGAGUUUAUUGAUAGCAAAAAGGCAUCUGAGAAGCUCCUGGGCUCCAUUGAUAUCGAUCACACACAGUACAGGUUCGGGCACACAAAGGUUUUCUUCAAAGCCGGUCUUUUGGGUGUCCUGGAAGAAAUGAGAGAUGAAAAAUUGGCCCAACUUAUCACUGCAACCCAGGCUCUUUGUAGAGGGUUUUUGAUGAGAGUUGAGUUCAAGAAAAUGGUGGAAAGAAGAGAUGCUUUAUUUGUCAUCCAGUACAAUGUCCGCUCAUUCAUGAAUGUUAAGCACUGGCCAUGGAUGAAGCUGUACUUUAAGAUCAAACCUCUUCUGAGGAGUGCCGAAACAGAAAAGGAGAUGGCCAACAUGAAGGAAGAGUUUGAGAAGACCAAGGAAGCCCUUGUUAAGUCAGAAGCAAGGAGGAAACAACUGGAAGAGAAAAUGGUUGCUGUAGUGCAAGAAAAGAAUGACUUAUUGCUGCAAGUGCAAUCGGAAGGAGAAAGCUUGGCAGAUGCAGAAGACAGAUGUGAAGGUCUCAUAAAGAACAAAAUCCAACUGGAAUCCAAGAUUAAAGAAAUCACUGAACGGCUUGAAGACGAAGAGGAAAGUAAUGCAGAACUGACGGCCAAGAAGAGGAAACUGGAAGAUGAGUGCUCGGAGCUGAAGAAAGACAUUGAUGACUUGGAGCUUACCUUAGCCAAAGUAGAGAAGGAAAAGCAUGCUACUGAAAACAAGGUUAAAAACCUUACAGAGGAAAUGGCAGUACUUGAUGAGAGCAUUGCCAAGAUCUCCAAAGAGAAGAAAGCUCUCCAGGAGGCUCACCAGCAAACUCUGGAUGACCUGCAGGCUGAGGAGGAUAAAGUCAAUACUUUGUCUAAAGCUAAAGUCAAGCUGGAACAACAAGUAGAUGAUCUGGAAGGCUCAUUGGAACAAGAGAAGAAACUUCGUCUUGAUCUUGAAAGAGCCAAGAGGAAGCUUGAAGGCGAUCUGAAAUUGGCCCAAGAAUCAAUUAUGGAUCUAGAAAAUGAGAAGCAACAAGCUGAGGAAAAAAUAAAGAAGAAGGACUUUGAGAUAAGCCAGCUGCAAGGAAAGAUUGAAGAUGAGCAGUCCCUGGGAUCUCAGCUGCAGAAAAAGAUCAAGGAGCUGCAGGCUCGUAUUGAAGAAGUGGAAGAGGAGAUCGAAGCUGAGCGUGCUGCUCGUGCCAGGAUUGAAAAACAAAGGUCCGACCUCUCUAGAGAACUUGAGGAGAUCAGUGAAAGGCUUGAAGAAGCUGGAGGAGCAACCUCAGCACAGAUUGAGUUAAACAAGAAGCGUGAGGCAGAGUUCCAGAAGGUGAGACGUGACCUGGAAGAGUCCACACUUCAGCAUGAAGCCACCGCCGCUGCCCUGCGUAAGAAGCAUGCCGAUAGUGUUGCUGAACUUGGGGAACAAAUUGAUAAUCUCCAGAGAGUUAAACAGAAGCUGGAGAAAGAGAAGAGCGAGUUUAAGAUGGAAAUUGAUGAUAUUGCCAGCAACCUGGAGAAUGUCUCUAAAUCAAAGGCCAACCUUGAAAAGGUGAACCGGGUUCUUGAGGAUCAGCUCAGUGAAAUUAAGACAAAAGAUGAUGAGCACCAGCGUCUUAUCAAUGACCUCACAGCUCAAAGAGCACGUUUCCAGACAGAAAAUGGUGAAUUGUCCCGUCAAAAUGAAGAAAAGGAUGCUCUGAUUUCUCAGCUGACCAGAGGGAAACAGGCUUACACUCAGCAGACUGAGGAACUAAAGAGGCAACUGGAGGAGGAAACCAAAGCCAAGAACGCUCUGGCUCAUGCUCUGCAGUCAUCUCGUCAUGACUCUGAUUUGCUCCGUGAACAAUAUGAGGAAGAACAAGAGGCAAAGGCCGAGCUCCAAAGAUCUCUGUCCAAAGCCAAUGGUGAAGUUGCCCAAUGGAGAACCAAAUAUGAAACUGAUGCCAUUCAGCGCACAGAGGAACUGGAAGAGGCCAAGAAGAAGCUUGCACAGCGUCUUCAGGAUGCUGAGGAGCAAGUAGAGGCUGUAAAUUCCAAAUGUGCCUCCCUGGAUAAGACCAAACAGAGGCUUCAGGCUGAAGUUGAGGACCUGAUGGUUGAUGUUGAGAGGGCAAAUAGCGCAGCUGCUGCUCUUGAUAAGAAGCAGAGGAACUUUGAUAAGGUUCUGGCAGAAUGGAAACAGAAGUUUGAAGAAGGUCAGUGUGAACUGGAGGCAACUCAAAAAGAGGCCCGGUCAUUAAGCACAGAGAUCUUCAAGAUGAAGAACGCAUAUGAGGAGGCUUUGGACCAACUUGAAACUCUAAAACGGGAAAACAAGAACUUACAACAGGAGAUCUCAGAUCUAACAGAACAGAUCGGAGAGACUGGAAAAACUGUAAACGAAUUAGAAAAGGCGAAAAAAGCAGUAGAACAGGAAAAGACCGACCUGCAGGCUGCCUUGGAAGAAGCUGAGGGAUCUCUGGAACAUGAAGAAUCAAAGAUCCUUCGCAUCCAGCUUGAGCUGAACCAGCUGAAAUCUGAGGUAGACAGGAAAAUUGCAGAGAAAGAUGAAGAGAUUGAACAGUUGAAGAGGAACAGCCAGAGAAUUAUUGACACCAUGCAGAGCACAUUAGAAUCUGAGAUCAGGAGCAGAAACGAUGCUCUGAGACUGAAAAAGAAGAUGGAAGGAGACCUGAAUGAGCUGGAGAUUCAGCUGAGCCAUGCCAAUCGCCAAGCAGUCGAGGCCCAGAAACAGCUUAGAAAUGUGCAAGCACAACUGAAGGAUGCUCAUCUCCAGCUCGAUGACGCCCUCAGGAGCCAGGAAGACCUAAAGGAACAAGUGGCUGUUGUGGAACGUAGGAAUAACCUGCAACAGGCUGAGAUUGAGGAGAUUCGUUCUGCUCUGGAACAGACAGAAAGAUCACGAAAAGUGGCAGAGCAAGAACUUCUGGAUGCAAGCGAACGCCUUCAGCUUCUUCACACCCAGAACACAAGCCUUAUCAACACCAAGAAGAAGUUAGAAAGUGAUGCCAGUCAACUACAGAAUGAAGUUGAGGAAGCAGUCCAAGAAGCCCGAAAUGCUGAAGAAAAGGCCAAGAAGGCAAUUACUGAUGCUGCUAUGAUGGCGGAAGAGCUGAAGAAGGAGCAGGACACCAGCGCCCACUUAGAGAGAAUGAAGAAGAACCUUGAACAGACAGUGAAGGAUCUUCAGCAUCGUCUGGAUGAAGCCGAACAGCUGGCACUGAAAGGCGGCAAGAAACAGCUCCAAAAACUGGAGGCCAGGGUGCGCGAGCUCGAGAACGAGCUGGAUGCUGAACAGAGACGUGCCACCGAGUCCAUCAAGGGCAUUCGUAAAUAUGAGAGACGUGUAAAGGAGAUAACCUACCAGAGCGAAGAAGACAGGAAAAAUGUCUUGAGACUUCAGGAUCUGGUAGACAAGUUGCAGCUGAAGGUCAAAGCUUACAAGAGACAGGCUGAGGAAUCUGAGGAACAGGCCAAUGCCCAUCUCUCCCGCUUCAGAAAGGUCCAGCAUGAGUUGGAGGAAGCUGAAGAAAGAGCUGAUAUUGCUGAGUCCCAAGUCAACAAACUCAGAGCAAAGAGUCGUGAUAUUAGUGGCAAGAACGCCUCAACCAUGGGAGAUGGUGAAAUGUCGGUUUUCGGGCCAGCUGCCCCCUUCCUGCGGAAACCAGAAAAAGAAAGAUUGGAGGCUCAGAACAAACCAUUUGACGCCAAGAACACUUGCUUUGUGGACGAUCCCAAAGAGCUUUAUGUGAAAGGCCUGAUCACCGCCCGAGAAGGUGGUAAAGUGACUGUGAAGACCGACGAUGGAAGGGAGGUAACUGUUAAAGACAGCCAGGUUUACCCUCAAAAUCCUCCCAAGUUCGAUAAAAUUGAAGACAUGGCCAUGAUGACCCAUCUGAAUGAGGCUUCUGUGCUGUAUAACCUCAAAGAGCGUUACGCAGCCUGGAUGAUCUAUACCUACUCCGGCCUUUUCUGCGUCACUGUAAAUCCCUACAAGUGGCUGCCGGUGUAUAACCCUGAAGUGGUUGAGGGCUACAGAGGAAAGAAGCGCAUGGAAGCCCCACCACACAUCUUCUCCAUCUCUGAUAACGCCUAUCAGUUCAUGUUAACAGACCGUGAGAACCAGUCUGUCCUGAUCACCGGAGAAUCUGGUGCUGGAAAGACUGUGAACACCAAGCGUGUCAUCCAAUACUUUGCGACAAUUGCCGCUAUUGGGGAUUCAAAGAAGAAGGAGCUGAGCAACAGCUUGAAGGGAACAUUAGAAGAUCAAAUCAUCCAGGCUAAUCCUCUGCUGGAAGCCUUCGGUAAUGCCAAAACUGUGAGAAAUGACAACUCCUCUCGUUUUGGUAAAUUCAUCAGAAUUCAUUUCGGAACUACAGGAAAACUGUCUUCUGCUGAUAUUGAGACCUACCUGCUGGAAAAGUCCAGAGUUACAUUCCAGCUUUCAGCUGAAAGGAGCUACCACAUCUUCUACCAGAUCCUGACAAACAAGAAGCCCGAACUCAUUGAAAUGCUUCUUGUGACUACAAACCCAUACGACUACCACUUCAUCAGCCAGGGUGAAAUUGCUGUGAAGAGUAUUGAUGAUGAAGAGGAGCUGAUGGCGACAGAUACUGCCAUCGACAUUCUGGGAUUCUCACCAGAUGAAAAGCUUGGAAUCUACAAGAUGACCGGAGCAGUCAUGCACCAUGGUAACAUGAAAUUCAAGCAAAAGCAAAGAGAGGAGCAGGCUGAGCCUGAAGGCACUGAAGUUGCUGAUAAAAUUGGCUACUUGAUGGGUCUGAACCCUGCGGAUCUUCUGAAGGCUUUGUGUUAUCCAAGAGUCAAAGUCGGCAAUGAAUACGUCACCAAGGGACAAACUGUACAACAGGUUUAUAAUUCCAUUGGUGCCCUGAGUAAGUCGAUCUUUGAGAAACUUUUCUUGUGGAUGGUUGUCCGUAUCAACCAACAGCUAGAUACUAAACAACCAAGACAAUACUUCAUCGGUGUCCUGGAUAUUGCUGGAUUUGAGAUCUUUGAUUACAACAGUCUUGAGCAGCUCUGCAUUAACUUCACCAAUGAGAAGCUGCAGCAGUUCUUCAACCAUCACAUGUUUGUCUUGGAACAAGAAGAGUACAAGAAGGAAGGAAUCGAUUGGGAAUUCAUUGACUUUGGUAUGGAUCUGGCUGCUUGCAUUGAGCUCAUUGAGAAGCCCAUGGGAAUCUUUUCAAUCCUGGAGGAAGAGUGCAUGUUCCCCAAAGCUAGCGACACUUCCUUCAAGAACAAGCUCUAUGACCAGCAUCUCGGCAAGUGCAAGAACUUUGAGAAACCCAAACCUGGUAAAGGAAAGGCAGAAGCUCACUUCUCCUUGGUUCAUUAUGCUGGGACUGUGGAUUAUAACAUCAGUGGCUGGCUGGACAAGAACAAGGACCCACUGAACGAGACUGUCAUUGGCCUCUACCAGAAAUCUUCAGUGAAACUCCUGUCCUUCCUCUAUUCCAGCUAUUCUGGAUCUGAUACUCCUGAUGCUGGAGGAAAAGGGGGAAAGAAGAAGAAGGGAUCUUCUUUCCAGACCGUCUCUGCUCUCUUCAGAGAAAAUCUGAACAAGCUUAUGACUAACCUGAGGAGCACUCACCCUCACUUUGUGCGUUGUCUGAUUCCCAAUGAGACCAAAACUCCAGGUAUCAUGGAGAAUCAUCUGAUCAUCCACCAGCUGAGAUGUAACGGUGUGCUGGAGGGUAUCAGAAUCUGUCGAAAAGGGUUCCCCAGCAGGAUCCUCUAUGCUGACUUUAAACAGCGUUACAAGGUCCUCAAUGCCAGUGCAAUCCCAGAUGGGCAAUUUAUUGACAGCAAAAAGGCCUCUGAGAAACUCCUUGGCUCUAUUGAUGUGGAUCAUACCCAGUACAGAUUUGGCCACACUAAGGUUUUCUUUAAAGCCGGUCUCUUGGGUACUCUGGAAGAAAUGAGAGAUGAUAAGUUGGCACAACUCAUCACUCGUACUCAGGCUUUGUGCAGAGGAUUCCUAAUGAGAGUUGAAUUCAAGAAAAUGAUGGAGAGAAGGGAAGCUCUCUUUAUCAUCCAGUACAAUAUCCGUUCAUUCAUGAAUGUUAAGCACUGGCCAUGGAUGAAGCUGUACUUUAAGAUCAAACCUCUUCUGAAGAGUGCUGAGACUGAAAAGGAGAUGGCCAACAUGAAGGAAGAGUUUGAGAAGACCAAGGAAGCCCUUGCUAAGUCAGAAGCAAGGAGGAAACAACUGGAAGAGAAAAUGGUUGCUGUAGUGCAAGAAAAGAAUGACUUAUUGCUGCAAGUGCAAUCGGAAGGGGAAAGUUUGGCAGAUGCAGAAGACAGAUGUGAAGGUCUCAUAAAGAACAAAAUCCAACUGGAAUCCAAGAUUAAAGAAAUAACAGAACGGCUUGAAGACGAGGAGGAAAGCAAUGCAGAACUGACGGCCAAGAAGAGGAAACUGGAAGAUGAGUGCUCAGAGCUGAAGAAAGACAUUGAUGACUUGGAGCUUACCUUAGCCAAAGUUGAGAAGGAAAAACAUGCCACUGAAAACAAGGUCAAAAACCUUACUGAAGAGUUGUCUGCAUUGGAUGAGAGCAUUGUCAAGAUUACCAAAGAGAAGAAAGCUCUUCAGGAGGCUCACCAGCAAACUCUAGAUGACCUGCAGGCUGAGGAAGACAAAGUCAGCUCUCUGACCAAAGCCAAAACUAAACUGGAACAACAAGUAGAUGAUCUGGAAGGGUCCUUGGAGCAAGAGAAGAAACUUCGUCUUGAUCUUGAAAGAGCCAAGAGAAAGCUUGAAGGAGAUCUUAAGUUAUCUCAAGAAACAGUUAUGGAUCUUGAAAAUGAGAAACAACAAGCUGAGGAAAAACUUAAGAAGAAGGACUUUGAGAUAAGCCAACUGCAAGGAAAGAUUGAAGAUGAGCAGUCUCUGGGAUCUCAGCUGCAGAAAAAGAUCAAGGAGCUGCAGGCUCGUAUUGAAGAAGUGGAAGAGGAGAUCGAAGCUGAGCGUGCUGCUCGUGCCAGGGUUGAAAAACAAAGGUCCGACCUCUCUAGAGAACUUGAGGAGAUCAGUGAAAGGCUUGAAGAAGCUGGAGGAGCAACCUCAGCUCAGAUUGAGUUGAACAAGAAGCGUGAGGCAGAGUUCCAGAAGGUGAGACGUGACCUGGAAGAGUCCACUCUUCAGCAUGAAGCCACCGCCGCUGCCCUGCGCAAGAAGCAUGCCGACAGUGCUGCUGAACUUGGGGAACAAAUUGAUAAUCUCCAGAGAGUUAAACAGAAGCUGGAGAAAGAGAAGAGCGAGCUUAAAAUGGAAAUUGAUGAUAUUGCCAGCAACCUGGAGAAUGUCUCUAAAUCUAAGGCCAACCUCGAGAAAGUAAACCGUGUUCUAGAAGAUCAGCUCAGUGAAAUUAAGGCGAAAGAUGAUGAGCACCAGCGUCUUAUCAAUGACCUCACAGCUCAAAGAGCACGUUUCCAGACAGAAAAUGGUGAACUAUCCCGUCAAGUAGAAGAAAAAGAUGCUCUGAUUUCCCAACUGACCAGAGGAAAACAAGGAUUCACACAGCAGGUGGAAGAACUGAAAAGGCAACUGGAGGAGGAAACCAAGGCAAAGAACUCUCUGGCCCAUGCUCUGCAGUCAUCCCGCCAUGACUCUGACUUGCUCCGUGAACAAUAUGAGGAAGAACAAGAGGCAAAGGCCGAGCUCCAAAGAUCUCUGUCCAAGGCCAAUGGUGAAGUUGCCCAAUGGAGAACCAAAUAUGAAACUGAUGCCAUUCAGCGCACAGAGGAACUGGAAGAGGCCAAGAAGAAGCUUGCACAGCGUCUUCAGGAUGCUGAGGAGCAAGUAGAGGCUGUAAACUCCAAAUGUGCCUCCCUGGAAAAGACCAAACAGAGGCUGCAGGCUGAAGUCGAGGACCUGAUGGUUGAUGUUGAGAGGGCAAAUAGCGCAGCUGCUGCUCUUGAUAAGAAGCAGAGGAACUUUGAUAAGGUCCUUACUGAAUGGAAACAGAAGUAUGAAGAGGGUCAGGCUGAGUUGGAAUCAUCUCUUAAAGAAGCCCGAAGUCUGAGCACAGAGAUCUUUAAGAUGAAAAAUGCCUAUGAGGAAGCAUUAGAACAAGUUGAGACCUUGAAACGUGAAAACAAGAAUUUGCAGCAGGAGAUUUCAGAUCUGACUGAACAGAUUGCAGAAUCAGGCAAGUCCAUCAACGAGCUGGAGAAAUCCAAAAAGCAAGUGGAACAGGAGAAGGGAGAUCUGCAAGCUGCACUAGAGGAAGCUGAGGGAUCUCUGGAACAUGAGGAAGCAAAAAUCCUUCGCAUCCAGCUUGAGCUGAACCAGGUGAAAUCUGAGGUAGACAGGAAAAUUGCAGAGAAAGAUGAAGAGAUUGAACAGUUGAAGAGGAACAGCCAGAGAAUUAUUGACACCAUGCAGAGCACAUUAGACUCUGAGAUCAGGAGCAGGAACGAUGCUCUGAGACUGAAGAAGAAGAUGGAAGGAGACCUGAACGAGCUAGAGAUUCAGCUGAGCCAUGCCAAUCGCCAAGCAGCCGAGGCCCAGAAACAGCUCAGAAAUGUGCAAGCACAACUGAAGGAUGCCCAGCUCCAGCUUGAUGAUGCCCUCAGGAGCCAGGAAGACCUAAAGGAACAAGUGGCUGUUGUGGAACGUAGAAAUAACCUGCAACAGGCUGAGAUUGAGGAGAUCCGUUCUGCUCUGGAACAGACAGAAAGGUCCCGUAGGGUGGCAGAGCAAGAACUUCUGGAUGCAAGUGAACGCCUUCAGCUUCUUCACUCCCAGAACACAAGCCUCAUCAACACCAAAAAGAAGUUAGAGAAUGAUGCCAGUCAACUGCAAAAUGAAGCUGAGGAAGCAGUCCAAGAAGCCAGAAAUGCUGAAGAAAAGGCCAAGAAAGCAAUUACUGAUGCUGCACUCAUGGCAGAAGAACUGAAGAAGGAGCAGGACACCAGCGCCCACUUAGAGAGAAUGAAGAAGAACCUUGACCUGACAGUGAAGGAUCUUCAGCAUCGUCUGGAUGAAGCCGAACAGCUGGCGCUGAAAGGUGGCAAGAAACAGAUCCAGAAACUGGAGGCCAGGGUCCGUGAAUUAGAGAAUGAGCUGGACAAUGAACAGAAGCGUGGUACUGAAGCCAUUAAAGGAGUCCGCAAAUAUGAAAGAAGAGUAAAGGAACUUUCUUACCAGACUGAAGAGGACAGGAAAAAUGUCUUGAGACUUCAGGAUCUGGUAGACAAGCUGCAGCUGAAGGUCAAAGCUUACAAGAGACAGGCUGAGGAGUCUGAGGAACAGGCCAAUGCCCAUCUUUCCCGCUUCAGAAAGGUCCAGCAUGAGUUGGAGGAAGCUGAAGAAAGAGCUGAUAUUGCUGAGUCCCAAGUCAACAAACUCAGAGCAAAGAGCCGCGACAUUGGUGGCAAGAAAGAAAAUGAGGAAUGAAGACUCAAGACUCACAAGAAAGGAUAAUGAAAUUAGCAAAAUGUAAAUUUCUUUCUUUUCUAAGUCCUCCCUAAAGUCUCCCUGUAUCAAUAAACCAUUUCUAGCUUUUGA